UGCUCAGUAAACCAAGCAAGGGCAAUUCCGUAUACAGCCGGCCCCCGCCGCGGAGGUGCCGAGUGAAGCCUGGGACUCUGCGAGUCUUGGUCCCGCCUUUGCAGCUCAGGGUGUGAGUCAGGGGGUACUGGGGCAUUGAUUCCAGGGAAGACGAGGAUCCAGGACUGUGCCGCUGUGUUGUCCACCUCUCAUUCCCCGGCACCAAGGCUCUUGAGUCCCAGGGUGAUUUUUUUCCUUGUCCCCGCCACCUCCUGGUCCCUGGCCCAACAUGAUACUGACCAAAGCCCAGUACGACGAGAUAGCCCAGUGCCUAGUGUCUGUGCCGCCCACCAGGCAGAGCCUGAGGAAGCUGAAGCAGAGGUUCCCCAGUCAAUCGCAGGCCACUCUGCUGAGCAUCUUCUCCCAGGAGUACCAGAAGCAUAUUAAAAGAACACAUGCCAAACAUCAUACUUCGGAAGCAAUUGAGAGUUAUUACCAGAGGUACCUGAAUGGGGUGGUGAAAAAUGGAGCUGCCCCAGUGCUCCUGGAGCUGGCCAAUGAGGUGGACUAUGCACCCUCAUUAAUGGCUCGGCUUAUACUAGAGAGGUUUCUGCAGGAACACGAGGAAACUCCACCCUCCAAGUCUGUUAUAAAUAGUAUGCUACGGGACCCUUCUCAGAUUCCAGAUGGAGUUCUAGCAAAUCAGGUCUAUCAGUGUGUUGUGAAUGACUGCUGUUAUGGACCACUGGUGGACUGCAUCAAGCAUGCCAUUGGUUAUGAGCACGAGGUCCUGCUGAGAGAGUUGCUUCUGGAGAAAAACCUGUCCUUCCUAGAUGAAGAUCAGCUCCGUGCAAAGGGUUAUGACAAAACGCCAGACUUUAUCUUACAAGUUCCAGUCGCUGUGGAAGGGCACAUAAUUCACUGGAUUGAAAGCAAAGCCUCAUUUGGUGAUGAAUGUAGCCACCACGCCUACCUGCAUGACCAGUUCUGGAGCUACUGGAAUAGAUUUGGGCCGGGCUUAGUCAUCUACUGGUACGGAUUUAUCCAGGAGCUGGACUGUAACCGGGAGAGGGGCAUCCUGCUCAAAGCCUGUUUCCCCACGGACAUCGUCACCUUAGGCCACAGUGUCGCUUGACCCUGGAGAUCCUGGAAGAGGAGCUGGGAGGAGAAGGUGAAACCGGAAGCAAUUUUACUUUCCUGCAGCGUCAACUCCUGGCAACAUCUGCCCUGAACUUGGGCUGAACUCUUGCUGCCUGUGGUCACACCACUACCUCUUUAGACAAACAGAUCAAGAGUUUCUGUUUUCCUUCAUCCCUGGCUGAUGUGAACAGCCAAGAACUACAGACACAACCCCCUCGCUAUCAGCACUUCUGUCCCUGUCAAACAGUUAGUUUAUAGAUAGUCAUAAUCUUUCUUUCUUCCGGAUGGUUCCUCUUUGUAGGCCGAACAAAAGAAAAAAAAAGGCGAAGGCUGAAAGGUGUGACUUGUCAAUUCCCCUCCUGUUACCGAAUCACUCUCUUAUUUUUUUCUUUUUUGAAUGUCCCUAUUCAUUCCCUCUCCCUCUCCCUUUCUCUUCGCGUGUGCACUCACAGAGAGCCAGUGUCGCAUUGCUGUCACGGAAUAAUCUAGAAAGGCUGAAGGCGCAAAGUCUGGAACUAAAGCCACCUGCAGCCUGUGCUGUGUGCAUGCUUUUGUCCAGUCUCUGUGGUUUCCUGACUUCCGUGACAUUAGGCCACGCUGCAGAAAUAUACCUGGUGAGAAUUUCCUCUUUUUAUAAUGCUUAUUUGAAUGCCAAACCUUUUACACUUAUCUCACUUAAAAGUAUUCAUCACUUUGUGCCUGGACACCACACUCACGGACGGGGGCCUGAGAGGAGAGGACUGAAACUCAUUUCCAGUGUGGAGAAGUGUUUCUCUUUAAACACGGCUGGUUUAGGGGAGGCAUGUGAGCCAGUAUUUUUAGGAGUAAAACUUUUUAAAGACCCAUUUCAUACACCACUUUGUAUAUGCAAUUUUAUACCACAUAAUUAUAUAACAUGCAAGUAAUUUAGGCAUUAGAAAUGUUCAGCUGUGAACGAACUAAGUGUACUAGAAAUCUGCCUAGAGCAAUUUUUAAUAAAGGAGAUUUUUGUAUUUGUUUGCUUUACUGUAUUUGUUUUAUGUACUAUAAACCAGAUUUCGGUCUAAAGCAAACCAUCAGUAAAUUAAUGAUAAGCCUAUCUUCUAAGGCAUUAAAAGUUGAUCUGUACCAAAAAUGUAUUUAGUAAAAUAUUUUCUCCUGUGCUGAGAAAA